AUGACAUCCACUACCGCGUCCACGGCAGGCACCGACCUGAGUUGGCUACCCUCCGACGCCGAAGAGCAACUCGCCCUCGGCUUUCGGAUCGUCUCCAACGCGUACAAAACCCGUUACGGAGUUCUGCAAAAGAAGCACAGCUCGCUGGAGGUACAGCUGAUCGAGUCGACGCAGCGAGGCAACCAGUUGGCGGAGGAGAACAAACAACUCGUCGCGACCAUCAAGAAACUGCACAGAGACAUUCUUCGUUUGGAGAGUCUCAAGAAAGCCGUUCUCAAUUCCAUUCAAGAAGACCACUCUGACGCAGAUGAAUCUUCUCACAAAUACUACGCCCCCGAAGACAUGCUUCAAACUGCGGCGCCUCGCACAAUGUCAGAAAUCAACGGCGUGGACGAUAUGGGCACGGCCUUCUUGAGCAAGCUGAACUCUGCCGAGGGGCCUUUUCUUGCGGCGCCCAAUCCGUCGACUGGGACUGUGAAUGCACGCAGCAGAAUGUCUUACGAAAACUUCAAUUUGUUUCUUGCCAACAUAAAAAAACUCAACAGUCACCAACAAGACAGAGAAGAAACGCUCCGAAACGCGCAGCGCCUCUUUGGUGAAGGAAAUCGAGAUCUCUUUGAGGAAUUCAAAGUCAUGAUCAAUCGACACCCUUAA